AUGGACGGGUCCAUCUUCUUGGCAACCCCAUCAGAUUCUGUCCGAAUGUUUCGAGACCAUCUUAUCCGAUCAUUUCCGCCCCGCCGUCCGUUAUCCUGGAACCUUCCUUUCCGAUUCCUAGCAUGUCACCGAUGGCCCAGUCUGGAACCUGAGCUUCGAUCCUGUUUCCCGUCAACUUUCGAAGAUCUUCGUCCGUAUUUCGCCUGGAGCUUGGGAAAGCUGGUGAACGAUGUACCUGGUCGAUUGAGUCUGGAUCGCGACCGCUGCUGCCGUUGUCUCCACCGCAUCACUACACGUCCUACAGCCAUGCGAUUCCGAUAUAGAUACCAAGUGACAUGUAGCGUCCCAUCCCAGGUCGGAAGCCAUUCCGCCAAACGCUUUUAA